AUGUAUAUCAACAUAUUAUUUUUUAUUAUAAUAUUUUUUCCGUAUAUUGUCUAUUUAUGUAAUUAUGAAUUAAAUGAAACUAGUGGUACUAUUGUAUUUUUAUCAUAUAGUAACAAUAUUGAAUGUACAUGGACAUUUAAUUUAUCAUCUAUAUCAAAUAAGAUUCAUUUUCGUAAUCUUUUAUUAACAUUUCGUUAUUUUGAUACUGAAUUUGGACAUGAUGAAUUAUUUAUUGGAGAAACUAUACCUGAUGUAUCUAAAUAUAAUUCGAAAUUAUUUCGUUUUUCAGGUUCAAAAUUACCUGAUCCUUGUUUAAUUUCACUACGUGGUGAUAUUUUAACACGAUCCUUAUGGAUUCAAUUUAUUAGUGAUCAAACCAAUACUGGUUUAGGUUUUAUUAUUGAUUAUACAUUUCUAGUCAAUCAAUGUAAGAUUUUAUAUUAA